CUUUAAAAACGCAUGACGAAAACGAGGAUAAAAAUAGCAAAGCUCAACCGUGAAAUAAUCGGUGAAUGUACUGGUUAUACAAAGAUAUACCCUAAAGUGCCGCCUGCCACACUAUAGACUAAAUUACAGUCCACAGUCACUCCACAGCGGUUGGAACGUUGGGAGCAAGUCUUGAGGAGCUCGUGGAAGACUUAAAAAGAGUGCCACUUAUCACCAAUCGAUUUCUUAUUGCCUGGCAGACUAUCCUGGUACUGUCAUGGAUGUGUGUUUUGGCUCUGUCGGCCUCGAAAGAAGAAGAAGAAAGAAAAGAUGUGAAGGAAGGGGAGGAAGAUGAUCAAGAAUACGCGGACCAUGGGGUUGUUUAUGCCGCGAAAUCCAUACUUACCGCCGCUGGAAGCGUCUGGAAUGACGAGGUCCUACAGAACGCCGUCACCCUUCGUCGUGCCAUUCGCUCUGUGGGUCGCAGUACGAGGGAUUUGUCCUCGAUGAUCGGUCCCAUUUUAAACACACUCAAUAAUUUUAUGCAGGUAUUUUCCUAUCUGCCAGGUGUGAUCCAGCUGGUGGUCAACGGCGUCGCCAGCAUAGUAGAAGUGGCAGGCAAGGGCAUUGUCAUGCUGGCAUCCGGCGUUGAUGUUGGCGCCACUGCCAUUGAUUCAGUGGGAAGAUCGGUUCAGACGAUGUCGUCAUCUGUUCCGUCUCUAGUGACAGCAGUAGUUAUGGGCGGAGGAUUCCUCACCAUGUUCUUCCCUGGUAUUCAAGACGCAAUCAUUUCGACAACGGCCAGGCUUGGGCUGAUGUUUGCUGGAAGAUUAGCAGCUGGUGCUAGAUCUUACGUGAACGACAAUUCCAUGAUGUCCACGAUUCUCCAGACUCUGGAAGUUUUCACGCACAAAGCCCAGCAAGAUUUUAACUAAAAGGCCGAAGGUUGUGGAGUCAUCUGGGGAGACAAGUGUUAAUGUAGAGUUAUCAUCUGUCUCGUUCUCGUCCUUCUUAAGCUUGACUGGAAGGUAAUCAUGGUAAAAUGCAAGAUCCUUGAUUUGAGAACUUUUUCAGGUUCGAGAGAACGUGUAGAUAUUGAUGUCGAUUUGAGAACCUUUUCAGGUUCGAGAGAACGUGUAAAUAUUGAUGUCGGAAAUAAAUACAAUUGCUGUAGCGGCUGUAGAGUUAGUAACAAGCGUUUCUCAUCUCCUGCCGCCACAAUUAUUAUAUUAAAGUUUUGAGUAGCUAACGCAAUGGUAUCAGUUUGUAUAAGGACUUACUUUGAUCUAAGUAACUGUUCGUUAACUUGUGUGUUGUGUGUACCGAAAUGGUUUCAUCAACCACUAGACUUGUUUAAAGCAGCGAGUCUUCUGUAAUAAAUGCUGGUUGUAUGUACUCUCGCUAUCGUAUAUCACACAUUUGUGGGUCUACAAGAUAUAUUUUAACCAGAAUUGAAACAUAGUAAGAAGGCAAGUGUUGGACGGAUAAUGUCCUAAUGCUCUUAUUAUUUCCGAUAAACACCUCCAGUAGUUGCAUUGGCAGUAAAUUAUUCCUGUGUUUCUACAGAAUAAAUUUAUGGCUAUUAAAAUAUACUUAAAUGGCUCUAGGUUUAUAAAAAAACAGUUUAGAUAUUGUGGUCUGUAACUACGGAAAGGAGUGGAAUAAAACAUUUUAUUUCUUUUAAACUUAAU